AUGUCGAACUCGGCGGAGGUCGCACCUCCAGCGCAGAUAUACCAAGAUGUCGCCAAAGCAGAUGCCAUCAACAAUUACUGGAAGCUGGACACCGUCGACCCAGAGGAGGCUGUCAAACAGCUCACCUCACUUGACAACACUCGCUUCAUUUUUGAGCUCACACCAGAACGCGCGCAGUACCUUCACCAGCGCGUGCAGCGGGAUAUGGUGUUGUACGAGAGAUGCACCGUUGAGGAGCUCAGAAAGUUCUGUGCGGACAGACGCAUUAUGUCUUGCGGUAUUGGCAAAGAGACUGCUGAGGUCCUCAUCCAGACUCUCGAGCACGCAGACGAAUUCGCCACCUUCCCGAAAUUCCCCAACCUCCCCGCCGAGCUCCGCGAGCAUGUCUAUCAUCACUACAUGGUAGACCUCAAGAGUGCUCAGACUUUUCCUUCUCAGCCGCCACUCCUCAGAGCCUCAAGUCAAGUCCGCCAUGAGGCUUACGCGCUCUUCUAUCGAGACCGCGUCUUCUCCAUCUCACUCCCGAUUGGCCAUAACAUGACAGAUCUCGAACGAGCUGAAGCCCAAAAGCGCUACACCAGCUAUCAGCGUGUCCUCGGCGUCAGGAGCUUGGCGGAGUUCCUGAGCAACAUCGAGAAGCUGUACGUGUGCGGAGAGAUGCAGUAUCGCGGCAGCACUUCUUCGUGGGCAUUCGAGCUGGGUCAGGGGAACAAUGAAGGGGUGUGCUUCCUGGGCAGUCUAUACUUCAAGGGUGACCAGUCGGUCGCCGUGUUCUUGAAAGAGUUGAUCGAGGGUAGAGUGAAGUGUUUGAAAGCCAGGUUUGCUGCUAGGGAGGAGGGUCUCCUGCAGCCUGGAGAUUAUGGAGAGCUGUUGCAGGUGUUUGGAAGGUCGGCUGUGGGGUUCAAGGAGAGGAGAAUGAGGGCAUGA